AGCCAGCAGGCCGGUGGAUUGUACGACAUGUCUUCAGAAGUUUUUAAAAAAAAAAAAUUUUCUUAAGAAAUAAAUAAUUCUUAUCUGAAAACGUUAACACGAUUUCGAGUUCAGAUAAGCGAUCUUGUUGCGGUGCAGAAGUUUGGAUUUAAUUAUUGUUAAUUAGAGAUUGUUUAAUUAGAAGCUGGUGUUGUGGACUUGUGAAUUGUAGGCGUGUGAUAUGUGUUGUAGGCGAUGUUCUGUGUUUCGUGUAACAUGCUAAUGGAGGACAACAGCUUUGGCGUGUUAAGGAUGACUUUAGGUUUCAUUUCUUUAUGGUAGAGAUCGACAGCAGCAGAAUGACAGGCGGGGUGCUAGAGGGAACCAGACAAGAGAGCAGGCUGUUUCUCCCACCCUGCAGGGUGUGUGGGGACAAGGCCGCAGGGUUCCACUACGGCGUCAACACCUGCGAGGCUUGUAAGGGUUUCUUCCAUCGGAGCUUACGACGUUACCGAGAGUACAAAUGCCGUGCCAACCGGUCUUCCGGCUACUGUGAGUACAAGCCGGGAAAACGGAAGUCGUGUCAGUACUGCCGGUACCAAAAGUGUCUGGACGCCGGCAUGUCCAAGGAAGCCAUCAAGACAGGGAGGUACACGUACUUAAAGAGGACAGAAGACACGAAAGAACUGAGGAGACUUCAGGAUCUUUCUCUCGCUCUAGGCACUGGUGGAUUUGAUCCAGCAUCUUUAUCGUUAGGCUCCUCAAGAAGCAGCUCAUCAUCUUCAGUGGAGGACACAACUGAACUCUACUCCACCUCCUGCAACUCGAUAAUGGAGGUCGACUCGACUACCCAAGAAGACCUUGACCAAGUGACCUUGAGUAAAGGUGACCCAACCACAUCCACAAGUCACAUGUCACCGAGUCACUUUUUUAACCUCGAUUCCAGAACCAACCAACAGACAUCGAGCCUCGCUUUGGAAGACUGGCGCGCUUUUCCAAAAAUGAAAUCUUCAAGCAGAAACUUGUCUAACUCCCAAACUCUCAAACCCAAAACUUCAAUUCCUCAUCACGUGAUUCGUGCGAACCAAUCAAAUUUAUCUGAAGGUUUUCAAAUCAAAAUGGGCGACGAAAUCAGCUACAACUUGCCGGAAAGCGUGCGAGUGAAACCGAAAGUAGAUCCGUACAGUUUAGACGCGGAUUCGUCAUACGAAAACCAGUUUGUGAAUUUCAACAGAACUCCAGCUCGCGACUGCAACCAGACCAGCUACAAACCUCUACGGUAUGACCAGCAUGGCUACGGCGAGGCGAAUCAAGCUAACAUCAAACCACUUUCGUUUCAACACGAUAAUGAUUCAGAAUGUUGCAGACAAUACACUGAUCUAACCCCAUGUUCGCUGGAUUCAGCCUCAAGUUUACAGAGGGAGGUUUAUUUUUCCGACCCCCACGGAAAUUUCCCGAACUUGUCAUUAAUUACCGACUCUGCCAAGAUCGUAUCACUACAACAAAAUCCUAUUUGUGAACUGACGUCACUCAAACAGGAAACACCUACGUCAGAUUACGACGCUGUGCAGAAUUCUUACAUUUUAAACAGCCAAUUACCGUCAUCGAUCUCACAAGGCAUCGCCACGCCUUUCACGUCGCCGGGGCGGGGUCAGGACGAGGGGUCAGGCAGCACGGAGGAGGAGGGUGGGGUCGUGCUCAAUAUUGACAGCGGGCAGCUGAUCAAGGUGGAGAAUUCUUGUUCCAGCCCCGCGCACACGCUGUGUGAGUACGAUGCACGCGCCACGUCUCCUAGCGGGAGCGAAUCGGAGAAAUCGAUGUAUUUAAGAAGACAACAGCACCCACAGAAACUUUCUGCCGUCGAGACCUUGCUGACGUCACCGAGUCCCACCAGCCCACGCAGCACCAAGUCCACCUCCCCGCUCCCCUCCCCCCAGCUUGACGUCACACAAUCCAGCCCGGCCGCCAGCCCGGGGACCCACGGGGUGUCGCUGGCGAACGUGCACGAGCUGUUCGUAAACAAAGAUGACGUCAUUUCCGCCAUGGUGGAGUCGCACAACGAGAAUGUGGGGGAUUUCAUGAAGAUGUCGAAAGAGGAGAUGAUCCGGCAACAACAGGCCCAUUACGAAGCAUGUAAACUGAAAAACAAGACAUUUGGAAGUCUGGAAUUUCUUCCAGAGAAGGAAUACGACGAGAUUUACUCAGUCACCGGUAUGGACGUGGAUAAUCGGCGUAGGAUGAUUGACAACUUCCUGCUGAAAAUGGAGAGCUGUGUCCGAUGUCUGGUGCAGUUCGCCAAAUCUAUCCCAGGGUUCACAAACCUGGAUCUCAACACGCAAGUAGACCUCAUCAAAUCAUCACGAUCAGAGUUUGCGAUGCUGACCACCUACCGGACAGUCAACCUACAGCUCGGCGUCAGCCUCGGUCUGUGUGGGCUCUGGACCUGCACGUACGAUGUUGGGAGAAUCGGUUCUCACGUAGCAAUAUCUGAGUACAUGAAAUUCUCCGACUCGCUACAAAAGUUAGAUCCGAGCCACGAGGAAGUUGUGCUGCUUAAGGCUAUCAUUGUCAUGUCUACAGAUCGUGAAGGCACUAUUCAGUCCCCCUUGGCCGAUGCCAUUCGCUGGGAACUUUGUGAGUGCCUCCUGCAUGUGCUACAAAAUCGUCUCGAGAAUCCAUCCAAACAAUUGGCCAGGUAUAUUCUGGCAUUGACCCAGGUCCGGACGGUGUCCGAGGACUUCAAAGGUUUCCUGAAGUCCCUGAAGCUGGACAAGUACUCAACCAUCGAGCAGAACCCUCUGAUGUACGAGGUGUACUCACCCAUCCUGCACGCGCACGACGGGCAGGACGGUGUUCACGAGGCUACACAGGAAAACGUGGCUGAGAAAGAAACCUACGCUUCGAGUUUCCUCGGCUGUGCCAUCUCUGGCCAAAGCUAACCUAAACUCUAACCUGGCUUUAAGUUAAUCAGGUUAGGAAAAAUCUAAAUGUGAACAUGCACAAAAUAUCCGAAGUCCAACAGGAAGCUUUCUUUUCAGAUUUUUAUUAACUUCUUUAUUCCCCUUUAAAAGAGUUACAUUCCCUUGCUUCGUGUAGGCGUUAUGCUUGCCAACAAAGCUCGCUGCAGUUUAAAUGUAUUGUUUAAAAAAUGUUUAAGUAUUAAAAGAGAUUUCCCCGCUAACUAUUCGCUACUCACGGUAGCUAACUCCUGCUAUCUAGUUUGUUAAUUUUAAAACGGAGUUAUUUUCCAUGAAUUUACUUUAGUCGUUUCAUUUUGUUUGUGUGAAUGUAUCUAAAAUAAAUCUGUCUUUCUAUCUAGCUUUAGGGGUCGUCCAUAAAUGACGUCACACUCAUAAGGGGGAGGGGGUCCGGAAUUUUG